CAAAACCUAGUUUCAGUGUCAAUUUUCAUGGCACUUUCUUCUCUUUCUUCUCCAUCUAUUCCGUCCUGUCCAUCAUCUUUAGUUUCUUCUUCCUCUGUGGAGAUUGCUUCUUUGUCUCGUGAUAAGAUUCAGGCUGAGAUUCUUGCUAUUACGGGUGCUGCUUCCUUGGCCCAAGUUAAUAGCUCUUAUCCGGCCAUUCCAGUCCACGUAGUGUCCCCUGGUUCUCUGCCACCAAUGCUAGUCUCAGAGAGUCGACCCACCUCAUGGGCUGCUGUCACCCAGGGUUCUUCGAAACCCCUCACCUUUCACCCCCCUGUUCUUGAAGAUGGAAAAUUGAAGGUGAAAUUACCUCGCACGGUACGAGAUGAAGGUGUCAAAUUGUGGGAAGAUUGCUUAAUUGGCACUUUCAUAAGUGAGGCCCCCAACUAUGGACGCAUCUUAAGUAUGGCAAAGAGAGUUUGGGGGAGAAAAUGUACUAUUUCAGUAACUGGCUUAGGGGACAAUUCUUUCUUAUUCAAGAUUCCAAACCCUGCAACCAGAAAUUGGAUCUUGAAUUCAGGACCGUGGCAUGUUGCUUUCAAGACGCUAGUGAUGCGUAAGUGGGAGCCGAAUUAUGAGGUAGUUAAACAAGAUCCGAAAAGAGUCCCAAUUUGGGUGAAGCUUUGGAAGGUCCCCAUGGAGUAUCUCUCGGUGGAAGGGCUAAGCUACAUUGCCAGUGCAAUUGGGGUUCCUCUAGCUCUAGAUAAGGCCACAGAGGAAAGGGCCCGAGUUGAUUUUGCAAAAGUCUGUGUUGAAAUAGAUGUUGAUUUUGCUCAGGAUUUACCAAAAUUCAGCCCUAUUGAUGUUGAAGACUUUCCUUCUAUGAAAAGGCCACAGGCUCAAAAGAAGGAAUGGGUGGAGGUUACUGGUAAGGGAAAAAUGCAAAAUUCACAGCCCAUGCAAGACGGUGAAUUAGCAAAGAAAGUAGAUGAUAAGGUCACUUCAGUUCGGCCAGUUAAGGAGUUACAUGCAAAAUCUCCAAUUGUCCGGUCAAAUACAGUUAUGAAAGAGCCCAUGGUUGAUAUACAAGCUGUAGCAACAGUUCAUUGUGAGCAGCCUAUUGCUAAGCUAAAGUCUUGCAAAGAUGGACAGAAUACAUUUGAGGUCUUGGCUAAUAUUGAUGAUGAGCAAGUCUUUCCUCCACUCCAAGUGUCCUCGAAAUCCCCUAAGUCCUUAAAGAAGCAAAGGCAGGCGUCUUUAGGGGUAGCAGCUGUUACAAAGACCUUGCUUCCUCGGCAAAGAAAUACAAAGAAAGUUGCAAAUUCCUCCAGUGAGUUGCCUAAGUUUGAUACAAUAGCUGAGUUUAUCCUUCCAGGGUGGUGUAAGUCUGGAAAUUAUAACUAUGCCUCUCUAGGUAGAAUCUGGAUAUUAUGGAAGCCUCAUAUCACUGUGAAAAUUUUAAGUGCCCAUCGCCAAGCUAUACACUGUCAUGUGCUUGACACCAGAACUAAACACUAUAUGUUUGCUAGCUUCCUCUAUGCAGAUAAUGAUCCUGAUCAGAGAAGUUUAUUAUGGGAUGAUUUAGUUACUUUGAAACAAAAGUUGCCAGAAGUACCAUGGUUUGUUGGGGGUGAUUUCAAUGAAAUCCGAAAUCCUAAAGAGAGCUCUAAUUGGUGUACCACAAAGCAAUGCUCAAAGGAGUCUGAACUGUUCAAUGAUAAGUUGAAUGAUGCAGAACUUAUUGAUCUUCCUGCAUUUGGUCCUCUGUUUACAUGGACAAACAAGAGGGAAGUGGGCCUUAUUGCCAGAAAAUUGGACAGAUUAAUGGUCAACAGCAAAUGGUUAGAGAUUUUUCCUAAUACCAGAGCUGAAUUCCUACCUCCGGAUAUUUCAGAUCACUGUGCAGGAUCUAUAACUAUUAUGGAGUCACCUAGCAAUCAUUUAAGGAGACCGUUCAAAUUCUUCAAUUUUUGGACAAAAGAUGAACAAUUUCUAAGCAUUGUUCAGGAUAUUUGGUCUUCUAUUGAAGUUCAAAGGUGCUACAUGUUUCAACUUUGCAGAAAGCUAAAAGCACUUAAAGCUUCUUUCAGGCAGUUGAAUAAGAACUCAUAUGGUGACUUACAUGAAAGGCUUAUUAAGGAAACAGAGAAGCUGCAUGCUAUCCAAAUUGAUCUUUUGUCUAAUCCACAAGAAGACUUGGUGAUAAUAGAACAAGAGCAAGCAAAAAGAGUGGCAGAUUUAACAUUUGCUGAGGAAGCAUUUUUGAAGCAAAAGUCAAGGGUUCAUUGGCUCAAAGAGGGUGACCAAAAUACAACAUAUUUUCAUAAAAUCCUGAAAAUAAGAAGAUGCAAAAACUCAAUUAGGGAGCUGCAUUCUGAUGAUGGUAAGGUGCUUACUCAACAUGCAGACAUUGCAAGAGAGGCUAUUGCCUUCUACCAAAAGCUCCUUGGAACUGAGGACCCUUCUUGUUUGGGUGGUGAGCUUGAACUGCUGAAAACACUAUACAACUUCCAGCUUCCAAACACAAUGCAGCAAGCUAUAAUACAACCUGUCACUGCAGAAGAGUGUAAGCAGAUAUUUUUCAGCAGUCCAAACAAUAAAAGCCUUGGUCUAGAUGGUUAUACAGCCGAGUUUUACAAGAGUGCUUGGUCUGUUGUUAGGGAUCUUGUUACGAAAGCUAUUAAAGAGUUUUUCUCCACCGGAAAACUGCUUAAAGAGGUGAAUUCUACAAUAAUCUCCUUAAUACCGAAGGUGUCUUGCCCCUCUAAAAUGGGUGAAUUUAGGCCCAUUUCAUGCUGCAAUUUGUUAUACAAAUGCAUUACUAAGAUAAUUGCUAAUAGACUGAAGAAGUGCUUGCCAUUAUUCAUUAGCAAUAAUCAAUGUGCUUUUGUUGAGGGGAGAUUGAUGGUCGAAAAUAUUCUGCUUACUCAAGAGCUGGUUAAAGAUUAUCACAAGACUAAUAUGCAGUCCAGAUGUGCUCUCAAGAUUGAUUUAAUGAAGGCUUUUGACUCAAUUAGUUGGAAGUUUAUUCUUGCAGCUUUGGAAGCAUUAUCCUUUCCCCUUGUUUUUGUAAACUGGAUUAAAGUUUGCAUUACCUCCCCUAUGUUUUCUAUUGCUAUAAAUGGAGCCUUGGAGGGUUAUUUCCCGGGAAAAAAAGGAGUAAGGCAAAGGGACCCCUUGUCCCCUUAUCUGUUUGUCAUUUGUAUGGAGGUCUUGUCCAGGCUUCUUAAUAAAGCUGCUCAAGAAGGAAGACUACCAUUUCACCCAAAAUGCAGUAACAUAGGCCUCACCCAUCUGUGUUUUGCAGAUGAUCUCUUGAUUUUUACAGAUGGAUCACCCAAGGCUAUAAGUGUUGUUGACUCUAUUUUAAAGGAGUUUUAUUCAAUAACAGCGUUGAAAGUAAAUUACCAGAAGUCAGAGAUUUACUAUUGUGGAGUACAAGACAGUAUCAUCAAGAAUUUGGCUGCAACUUAUGGUUUUAAGCUUGGGACCCUUCCUGUAAGGUACCUUGGAGUGCCUUUGAUAACAGGCAGAUUAACAGAUGCAGCACUUAAGCCCCUCAUCUUGAAAAUUACUGAUAGAAUCAACUCUUGGACUUCAAGACAUCUAUCUUUUGCAGGAAGGCUUCAACUCAUCACUUCAGUUUUUCAAGGUAUUACGAAUUUUUGGUGCUCUGUUUUUAUCCUUCCCAAGAAGGUUAUUAAGUCCGUAGAGGCUAUAUGUAGUGCUUUUUUAUGGAAAGGUAGAGCUACAGAUGCAAGAGGAGCAAAGGUCAGUUGGGAGAUUGUUUGUAAACCAAAAGUGGAGGACGGCCUAGGCAUAAAACCAUUGCAGGCUUGGAAUAAAGCUUGUAUUUUAAGAUUCAUCUGGUUGCUUUUCUCUAAAGCUGGUUCAAUUUGGGUGGCUUGGGUACAGGCAUAUCUGAUUAAAGGGAAAAGUUUCUGGUCAUUAAAAAUUUCAGGUAACACCUCUUGGUUUUGGAGGAAAAUUUUAAGCUUGAAGCCUGCGGCUAGAUAUUUGAUCAAGCAUAUGAUAGGAAAUGGGGAGAACACUUUUCUCUGGUUUGACUUUUGGCAUCCAACAGGACCACUACUUGAGGUUUAUGGUCAGAAAAUUGUACGGGACACAGCAAUUCCAUUACAAGCUAAGUUGUCUCAAGUGGUGCAAGGUAAUUUCUGGAAAUGGCCCCUUGCUAGGUCCCCAGAAUUAUUACAAAUUCAAAUUGCAUUAUGUGGCAAUCUGUAUCCAAAUGAGGCAGUAGAAGACUCAGUUAUAUGGCUUGCAUCUCCAUCAGGAUCCUUCAAAACUGGUUACACAUGGAAUCAUUUGAGGGAAAAACAAGAAAAAGUGCCCUGGUUCAGGCUUGUUUGGUUUGCAAAUUCUAUACCAAAACAUAGCUUUAUGUCUUGGCUUGCUAUUUUGGACAGGCUUUCAACUAGAGCAAGACAAAAAUCAUGGUCUCCCCAUAUAGAUGCUACUUGUGUGUUGUGUGGGGCUGAAAAUGAGACUAGAGACCAUUUGUUCUUCUCAUGCCUCUACUCUAGGACUGUUUGGGAAGUUAUAUCCUCCAUGUUAGAAAUUCCAUUCACAUUCUCUUGGCAAUCUGCUUUGUCUUGGUUGUGUCACAAGGCUAAGCGAAAAUCAUUAUACAGCAGUCUUAUAAGAUUAGCAUGGUGUGCAGCAAUAUACCAUAUUUGGAUAGAAAGGAAUACUAGAAUUCACAAAUGGACAUUCAAAAGUGAGUUUGCAAUUAUAAGUAAGAUACAAAUAGAUGUCCGUGAUAAGGUACUUAGUUUUGCUAGAGCAAAAUCUUCCCUUAUACCUAAGAGUAUUGCUUCAAAAUGGGGGUUAGAAGUUUUGUGCAAAGACUGAUAUGCCAUUUUUGUAUAGCUAAUUCAUUCUUUGUAGGUGAAUAUUGGUAGCAGCCUGUAUUAUAAAGAGCUGCUUUGUGUAUGGUAGAAGUUUUGAUAAUAAAAUUUACACUUUACC